GAAGACCAAUUCAAAAAGCCCAAUAAAAAAAAAGCCUUUUUAAUAAGUGUUUCUGUUGUGUCUCCUCUUCGGCAGCUCAUUCUAAGAAAAGUCAGGUGAAUUUACAGAAUCAAAAUUGUCAUCUUCAGUAUCACUUUGCCAUGUCGGAUGAGGAAGUUGUUGACCCAAAGGCGACAAUGGAAGUAACUUGCAAGCCUAAGUGUGUAAGGCAACUAAAGGAUUAUCAGGCAUGUACUAGAAGGAUAGAAGGUGAUGAAUCAGGGAGCAAGCAUUGCACUGGACAGUAUUUUGAUUAUUGGCAAUGCAUCGACAAAUGUGUUGCCCCAAAGCUUUUUGAAAAACUCAAGUAACAAGGAUAUAGGUUGUUGAUCCAUUGCGAUUUUAUCUUGCUUUUUCGUUGUUGAAGCCUGUGCUACAGACUUGCAAUCUCUUCAAUCAACUUAGUUGCUGCAUGGAAAAUUUUGUACUAUUCACAUCUUAAGAAGUGAUUAAUAAAGGAUACUCGUGUAUUAAAUUUGUGGAUACUUUUAUUUGGUUAAAUGAUCGAAAAUCGUCGGACUUUAUUCCCUUGA